GACGACCAGAUAAGCCAACUAGCUAACUCUCCUGACCCGUUUGUCUGCGCCAGCUGCCUCUACGUCAAGGGUGCGAUGCAUACCGCAGCGAAGAGGAGAGUCCCCCAAAACGGUACCCAAUCCCCAGUGCAGAUUCAGAAAGACCACUGUCAGUGUUCCGCUUUAAUCGGAAUACUCUACGCGAAAUUGGAUCGUAUUUCAAAGGCACUGGAGGACUCAGGUGCUAAGAAUGCAGCGACUUGGACGAAAGUUGACAAGGAACUUUCUUCGCUGAACCAAUACCUCGCGAUAUCCAUACCGGGACCCAUGGCUGCGAAGAAAGUCAUACAACUUUCUGACGCGGCUAUAAAAACCACCACAGAGUUUCUGGUGGACAGGCUCCCCAGGGGAACCGGACUGAUAAUCUGGGGGUCAUUCUCCGGAAAAAUCACGCUAGCGAAGCUGGCACAGUCGAUCCUUAGUAAUGUCCCCACCAAGCCUGAUAAAUCGAGCCACGCAGAACGGCUAGGCCAGAAGGGAACCGACUCCAAACUCAUGACCAAGCCGAUUGUAGUCAUAUCUCCCUGUGCUCCCGAAAGCAGGCCGACGAAACCAGCUGCGUCUCCGGACAGCAGUUUUUAUUCGAUCACCACAGGCCUCUCGCCUACCAAAGGCAGGGACGCCCUGGAGGAGACAAACCCCAACUGCAAGCAGCGCCCAAACUACGUGGAGCUAUUACCGCUUAUCUCCGUAUCAGAGGACACAGCUGCAGCCGUGCACUCCUCAACAAAGUCACAGCCUCUGAACUGGACUGAGUCAGAUGUGCGGGGACAAGAAGCGAAGCAAAUCUCCAGCUCCACUCCAUCAAAAGCGGCUUCUCUGUUUGUGGACACAACCAUCGCCCAGGGCCCCGACAACCAAAGCCAUACACGUGACCACAGCCAUCCGGAAAAUUCCUCGUACAUCCAGUCGGCUACACUGAUCGCUGGCGGAUCGGGUGUCCACACAAACACGAAAGAGCGACUGCAGCCAAACAAGCCACAUAAAACUCGCCAGAUUAGAAGACUGCUGGCCGGCCUCAAGAUCGGUAUGACGGGUGUCCUCAAUAAUAUCUCAAACGUCGGAAACGGCACACCACAUGCAUCCAUCAAAACCGACUCAGAUGACGAUAUUCCUCUGACAGAUAAACUGAAGAGAAGCAGAGCUCACUUGUCCUCCAGUGAUGAGGACGAUGAUAUACCUCUCGCGACGAAGCUUAUGCGGAUAUCCAAAAAACCGAAACUGGAGUCCCCUGAUCGCUUUCGUAAUUCCGAAACGCGUUCACAUGGUGACCAUAAAAAGGCGAAGGAUGUCAAAAUCGAAAAGCCCAAAAUCAAGAAAGAACAAGAGACACCGACUAAGUCUAGUGGCACACCCAACAAGAACAACAAAUCAGACAAACCAGAAGAAGAGGUCUGGCGGUGGUGGGAAGAGGACAAGAAAGAUAAUGGAGUAAAGUGGACCUUCCUUGAACACAAAGGACCCAUUUUCGCUCCACCUUAUGAACGGUUGCCAGAUAAUGUACGCUUUUACUAUGACGGACAACCAGUUCGACUAUCGGAUGCAGCUGAGGAAGUGGCAGGAUUUUACGCCCGGAUGCUUGAUCAUGAUUACACCACCAAAGAAGUGUUCAACAAAAAUUUUUUCAAAGAUUGGUUAAAAGUUAUGAACGACGAUGAGCGCCGAAUUAUCAAGUCUCUGAGCAAAUGUGAUUUUAGGGAAAUGCACGCACAUUUUUUGAAGCUAGCAGAGGAACGAAAAAAUCGGACAAAGGAGGAGAAGCAAAAAUUAAAAGAGGAAAACCUAGCUCUGCUAAAUGAGUAUGGAUACUGCACGCUUGAUGGACACAGACAACGAAUUGGUAAUUUCCGCAUCGAACCACCUGGGCUCUUUCGUGGGCGCGGAAACCAUCCAAAAAUGGGCAUGCUCAAAAAACGUGUCUUACCUGAACACGUUAUUAUCAACUGCUCCAAAAACUCAAAAAUACCCGUCCCCCCUAAAGGGCAUCGGUGGAAAGAAGUACGGCACGAUAAUACUGUUACUUGGCUCGCUUGUUGGACUGAAAACGUUCAGAAUAACUUUAAAUACGUUAUGCUCAAUCCAUCUUCACGUUUGAAGGGUGAGAAAGAUUGGAAAAAGUACGAAACGGCUCGUGGAUUGCACAAGAUUAUCGAUCGCAUCCGAGCAGACUAUCGCGCUGACUUUAAGCACAAAGAAAUGAGAAUCCGACAACGUGCUGUUGCCCUUUACUUCAUUGACAGGCUCGCUCUUCGUGCUGGCAAUGAAAAAGAUGAGGACGAAGCAGAUACUGUGGGUUGUUGCUCACUUCGAUACGAACACAUCAAACUGCACGAAGAACUUGAUGGCAAGCAAUAUGUCGUGGAGUUCGACUUUUUGGGUAAGGAUUCAAUCCGCUACCAGAAUUCUGUCGCCGUCCCCAAACGUGUAUUCAAAAAUGUGAGGCUAUUCCUUCAGAAUAAGAAGGAAAAUGACGACCUUUUUGACCGACUUAAUACUACUGUUCUCAACCAGUAUCUUCGUGAGCUUAUGGAGGGCCUUACUGCCAAGGUCUUCCGUACGUACAAUGCCAGCCGAACAUUAGAAGAACAGCUGGAAUUGCUGACCGAUCCAAACGACAGUCCACAAGAAAAGCUUCUCGCCUACAAUCGAGCUAAUCGUGCUGUUGCUGUACUGUGUAACCAUCAGCGGGCGGUUCCGAAAUCCUUUGCCAAGUCCAUGGAGAAUUUACAGAAAAAGAUCGAUGCAAAACGCGAUCAAAUCGCCGAAAUAACAAGCGAGGCAAAACAGAUCAAGGCAGAUUAUAAACGAAACAAACAAGUUGCGAAGAAGGUUGCGUAUGAGAAGUUGAAGAAACGACUCAGCGUUGCGAAAGAGCAGUUGGCCAAACUACAGCUCCAAGCCACCGACCGUGAUGAAAACAAGGAAAUCGCUCUCAGUACAAGCAAACUGAAUUAUUUGGAUCCCCGAAUCACAGUUGCUUGGUGCAAACGGUUCAAUGUGCCAAUCGAAAAGGUUUACAACAAAACCCAGCGUGAGAAGUUUCAAUGGGCCAUUGAUAUGGCUACCGCGGAAUAUAAAUUUUUGGAUAGGGACUCGGAUCGCAAUACGAAUAAACUGAAGGCGGAGGAAAGUGACGAAGGCGAAAUGAAUGAAGAUGAGGAUUGAAUGCAUUCAUUUUCGGUGUGCACAGCCCCAUUUCCCCGACCUCACCGGUCGAGUUAUUGAUUCCUUUGUUUCAUGAUAAACGUGCAUUGGAUGGUGUGCAAAUAGAAUGCAGUCGUGUAUUCUACCACUGUAUUUUGCCUUAACUUAUUCCCUUCUUGUCCCGUACUUACGCGGGCGCUGGUCUACUUAAAUGUAUUUCAAUCUUGUUGUUCAUUCAUGUUUUCAUUCUCUACCCGUUUGUUUUGACGACCCCUGUAUGGCCCCUACCUCAUGCUAGAAACUUACUUUUCCAUGUAAAUCUUCUGCCGUGUCCUCCCCUCACUUGUCCUGUGCAACCCAACCGGUUUGCAGAUCCUGUUUCACAUAUAAGCUUCGCUUCUACAGCGCUGCUCAAGCAUACCUCAUGUGUGGAUGAGUUUGUUCAUACUACUGCGCGCCGCUUCUCACACUUGGAUAGCUGUUUAAUCAACAAAAAUCCAUCACAGUGAUUCAGUUUUUUCAGGUUUCAUUUCUAACUACUCUUUCAUCGGAACGUUUGUAUAUGUUUGGACGUUUGUCCUGCUGACAGCCGACAACGCUUUGCCGGAAUGUCCGUGUACAUUUUGUCUCCAUCGAACUACUUGAUGUUUUGGUGUCUUCUAAGACUCCGCCUGUUUGCUUGUUUGAGAUGGAUGAUUUUACGCUGUAUGAUCGAUCGUGAGAAGAACAACCGUGUGGCCUGC